GAGGCUAGAAAGACACACAACAUAGAAGCACAAACAAUUUCUAUCCGCAAUUCAGAUCUACAAGGUAGUUGAGUAUCGAUCCGUGAAAAGAUGUUGGAGACCCACUAAAAAGGAGCCAAAAUUGCAGCCAAAAAGGAGUCUCCAUGCACCAAUCCUGGUUGUUUUCCACUCUAAUUCUUGCAAUUGAUAUUGUUCUAGUCUUAAGAUUUGACAAAAAACGAGGAAAGAAGGAUGGAAGGAGGAAGAAAGGGGAAGAAAAGAGAAGAAGAUGCAAGAGGAGGAAGAAAGGGCUCCAAACGAGCUCCUCUUCUCUCCCUUUUCCAACCUAGUUCGACGUCAUAAAUCUGUUAGGCACCUCGGCGUUGGUGCUAGAACUCAUCUUCUCCGUCAACAGCUAAAAAUCAUCUUUCUCGUCAAUGGCCAGAAUCCAUCUUCUCCUUCAUAUUCCUUCUACUUCAUCUUCUCUUCUAUUAUCUCCGAUGACUUGCUCCCUUACUUUAGAAUGUUGUCUGUAUGGUUCAAAGAUAGAUGCCAGAAAAUACAAGCUAGUAACGACCUUCACAGAUCUAAUUCUAGAAAAGAGAAAGACAUGCUAAAGAAGGCAGAGUAGCCCCAAAAUCCACGAAUCUUGGCAGGUCGACAAUGGAAAAGCAUCAAAAGAGCAAAUCUAGAGAGGUAAGAUGUUUCAAGUCAAAACUAUGUCGGAAAAAAUGGUGGUAUCGGAAUAAUGAAACAUCAAUUGAAUC